AUGCCAGGACAAGGCGAACAGCACAAGCCUGCUGCUACAUCGGUCAACCCAUAUGAGGAGGUGAAGCCUCAUGUCAGUGAAUACACUGCGCAAGAUAUCGCCACGUUAUCGAGUCGUCUGGAGAAGCAGUUGGGACCGGAAUACAUAUCAUCAAGACCAGGUGCUGGGGGAGGCAAGGUCCACUACUUGUCGGCAGACAAAUGCAUCAAUCUUGCAAAUGAGGUUUUUGGCUUCAACGGAUGGUCGAGUGGAAUCCAGAAUGUGCAGAUCGACUUCGUCGACGAAAGUCAGAGCACUGGGAAAGUCAGCCUUGGUCUAUCAGUCGUUGUCAGAGUGACACUUCGAGAUGGUACAUUCCACGAGGACAUUGGGUACGGGCAUAUCGAAAAUUGUAAAGGCAAAGCCGCAGCUUUUGAGAAAGCAAAGAAGGAGGGGACGACUGAUGGAUUGAAGAGAGCCUUACGCAACUUUGGCAACCUACUUGGCAACUGUGUCUAUGACAAAGACUACGUAGCGAAGGUUACGAAACUCAAGAUCGCCCCAACCAAAUGGGACCCCGAAAAUCUGCACAGGCAUCCCGAUUUCGCUCCGGUCAGGAGGGAGUCCGCAGCUGAUGCUCUUUCCCGGCAGCCCAGUCUUCCUACUUUGAAGAGGGAAUGGCCUACAGAGAGAGAAGACACGCAAGCUACAGCUCUCAAUGGAGACCCUGAAGACGAAUUUGGCAGUGAUGAUUUCGACGAAGCAGACUUCAGUGUCUCUCAAGGUGAUCAUCCGGAUGAAGUGAGGCUAGAUCCCUCUGUUUCUUCGGACCAUUUCCGACGCAGGAACAGUCUUCCGGGUAAAGCAAGUGUUUCAUCCACGCGUGCACCGGAUUACAACGGCAUGCAAAGACUUAAGUCGCCACUCACCCGCAAUCAUUCCAUGACGUCCGAUCAUAUUGCAGCUCCCCAAACACCUAUUAAUCUUGGAUCAAACAAUCCGGUACUCCCAAUGAAUGUGGUUGAAGGUCCGCAGAACCCAGGCCAGGGAACAAAGCCACAACAUGUUCCUGCUCCUCCACCACAAGUCAAACCAUCAAUAUCGGGACAGCAACUACCUGCGCCACGCUUACCCCAAAGCGUACGGGCCCAAGAUAAGGUCCUUCCAAAUGAAAUGCCGAGUCUCGAUUCAUCGAGCACAUCAGAACACGACCCACCUGUCGGCUUUUUCACAGCGAGAGCCGCCGAAUCUCUUCAGAAUGGACCCGGUCUGCCAUUAAAGGCUCCAGCCUUCAAUCCCCAUUUAGAGAGCCCGAGUAUUCGAAAGACCGCGGGAGUUGAUCACACAAAAUCCAAGCCUGUCGGCAGGGAAGCUAUUGGGGCACCGCCACAACCAGCAGUGCCUCGUGCCAACUUUGUAAAUCCACAGUCAGAUAAGAUGAGGCGGGUUGGUAUGCCGAUGGGAGCCCCAAGCCCGUUGCAGAAUCGAGGCUCGUACAAGCCACCCCAGAUGAAGAGACCGGUAGAGAACAGCGGGCCGCGUUCAGCAUUGGGCGAUGUCACAAACGUGGCUUCUGAUGCAGGUGGAGACGUCAAACGUCAGAAGAUUGGGUUAGAGGCACAGCUUGUUCAUAGCAAUGUGGAGAUAUUGGAUUCGUAA